GUACUGUCUGCGUGAUUCAUAAAGUAAUUUACUAGGGCCUCUGAGUCAUUUCUAUUUUCUCACUUGUGGCCCAUACAUAUGCCCAACGAGUGGAAAAGUCUUCUCGCAUCUAAGUCAUGUUCCUAACAUCAUUUAUCAUCUUCGUAGUUCUUCAAAACACUGUACUAGCAAGCAACUGUAGACAAGUAAUCCCCAUUGAUGGAUUGUUUCCUAAUGGUUCGUUUACAAGUCCAGGCUGGCCAAACCCUUACCAACCCAACAAGAACUGUACCUGGACUAUUUCUAGUCUUCCAGGGACGUACAUCAAGCUUACUGUAACACACUUUGAUCUGCAAGACGACAUUCAUUGUAGCGAUAAGGUUUUAAUCAGGCCUGGUAACGAGGCUGGAGUAAAACUUUGCGCACACAACAGGGAUUUACCAUUUGUUGCUUAUUCAUCUAACAAUCACUUUGAUGUGCAUUUUAUUGCUGAUGGAACAACAGUCUCACAGUCAACAGGGUUUAAAGCAGAGUAUGUAGUACUGCAAGCUAGUUGUCCACCAAGCAAUCUGGAUGGAUUAUCAGGAAGAAUCGUCAGCCCGAACUUCCCUGAUUAUUAUCCUUCCACUAUGUGUUGUGAGUACAACAUUACAGUACCCUUGGGGUAUCAAGUUGAGCUGAACUUCAGUACUUUUGAUCUCGAGGAUAGCUACRACUGUACUAACGAUUAUGUAACUGUUGAUGACUUGUCCAACCAACACAGCAUCUGGGUGCUGUGUGGAGUGUUAAGAAGUGACGGUAACAUGCUGUCUUACCGGUCCAGAGGUCGUAGUAUGUUAGUAACUUUUGUUUCUGAUGAUGAUGUUAUCGCGAAUGGAUUUGAGGCCAAGUUCACAGCCAUGCAAGAGACGCUUUCUUUUAGUAUUACGUCCAGCUAUGUCUCACCUACAAACAUGGUUUUCACCCACACCACAACAUCAAUGUUCUCUUCAAAAUCACACGAAAUUACCAAGUCUACAUUUGAACUUGUGGCUCCAUCGAAAACCUCGACUUGUAAACCUGUCAUGACUCCAUCUCCAACAGUCGCACUGCGAGAAACAGAGUUCUUGGGUGGAACAUAUCGAUCAAUACCUAAUCACACCAUCAAAGGUCACUCUAUCAGAAAACUGAGCACUUCGAGCCAGAUCGCCUGCGUUCUUCUAUGUCAGCAAUCAUCCAAGUGUAAAUCAGUGACGUAUUUGUAUGUUUCCCAGUCCUCUGGUUUGUGCACUCUGCACAAAACAAACAUACGUGAAACGCCUGGAAGUAUUGUGGCAGAAAGCCACGUGAUAUACUAUGAACUAAUUACGUAAUCUUGGGAUCCUGAAGAAAGACAAAGAAACAACGAACAAGUAGACUUCUAUUUUUAUACUAUAAUUAAUUCGCUCCGUGCUGCUGUAGUUGAGAAGUUCAAUGUCAUUUUUCCUCGAUGCAGGUUGUAUUUUCAGCCGUCGCUCUUGAAAAGUUAUUUGCAUUUCCUUCAAGCCUGUUUGUAUUCAAACUCAACAACUAUAGUUACUUAAUAAUAAUAAAAACGAUGAUAACAAAAAUAGCGAAAUAUAGCGUAAUCAUGAUCAGGACAAUUUCUAAUGAAGGAGCCCCUGGCACACACACUACUKACACUGAAGGCAAUGAGUGGUUCUUCAGUUGUCCUCCCUCCACAAUCAAAAAUCAACUUCUUAAUUCCAAUUCGAUCAUCAGGGAAAGAGUAAUCAAGAUAAACU